GAUGGCAAAUAGAGGGAGGUGGUCAAAGUCUAUCUCCAGCAGUACAGCAGAUAUCCUUAGAGUUGUCAGUGAAGUCAGCAUUCGACAUCCACAUCGUCAGUCUCUCGUCCCACCUGAGAAUGAUGUGGAUUAUUCUGUAGCACUUGAUACUAUCGGCACUGGCAGAUACCAUUUGUGGCUAGCUCUGACCUGUGGAUUCAUGUACUUAGCUGCAGGGCUGCAAAACAACCUCAAUGCUUACAUCCUACCCUCAGUGCACUGUGAUCUACAUAUUACUUCAGCUCAGAUGGGAUUGCUCAAUGCUGUUUUCCUAGCUGGAGGGAUUGCUAGCAACUUCCUAUGGGGUGUCAUUGCUGAUGUGAUGGGGCGAAAGACUGUUAUCGUUUAUGGGAUGUUAUUUGAUGGAAUUCUAACUUUAUGCUCAAGCUUUUCACAGCAUUUCUACCUUCUCCUGAUAUUUAGAUUUCUCAAUGGUUUUGUGGUGGGGGGGCCGUCAUCAGUGGUCUUCGCUUACAUGGGAGAGUUCUUUCCUUCUGCUGACCGCACACGAUGGAUCUGUUACGUUGGAAUCUUUUGGACAUUGUCAUGGGUAAUAAUGCCAGGUUUUGCCUGGAUGAUCAUUCCACUGACCUUGUCAGUAGAGUGGCAAGGAAUGGUGUUCAAUUCUUGGAGAUUACUUGUUGCCCUGAUGUCAUUGCCAUCUUUAACUGCUGCGGCUCUGCAUCUCUGCUUCCCAGAGAGCCCUGUGUUUCUUCUAGUGCAAGGAAAAGGAGACAAAGCUCUUGCUAUUCUGGCCAACAUUUAUGCCAUCAACAACAAAUGUGAUCCUUCUGAAUUCUCGGUAACCUCUUUGAAAAUGCAAGAUAAGACGAGUGACAGCGAGAGCUCAAAAGACAGCACUUUAACUGUCAUGGUGAGACAAGCCAAGUUGUUGUUCAAUCCUUCAACAGUGAAGAUCACACUCCUAUCGUCAUUUCUAUUCUUCAGUAAUAUGUAUGGAUAUUAUGGACUGGGACUGUGGCUGCCUGAGCUGUUUAAUAGAAUUACUGUUCAUCUGGAUCACUUCCCCAACAAUCCAGCGACAAUCUGUUCAGCUGGCCCAGCAUCCUCCACUGUCCAGUCCCCAGAACAACCCUUCUGCAACGGUACUGAUGUGGAUACAUCGGUGUUUAUUAAGUCCUUAGUUAUGGGAGUCAUUGGUCUUCUGGGAAACAUCAUCUCAGGUGUUCUAGCAGGCCGCCUGCAUCGCAGAACUUUACCAGUUCUCCUAAUGGCAAUGUCUGGGCUGUGUGUGGUAAUAAUUUACUUCACCACAGAUCUUAUGACUGACCUUAUAAUCGCCUCAGCAUUCCAACUCACCGUUGGAACAGCUAAUGUUGUGUACAACUCGUUGGUUGUUGAUAUGUUUCCACCAAAUAUAAGUGGUAUGGGUGUGUGCUUUUCAGUUCUGGCAGGAAGAUUGGGAGGAAUGCUUAGCAACUUGGCAUUUGGUCAACUUCUGGACAUUUCCUGUACCAUCCCUAUUUUCCUCUGUGCACUAGUUUUAUUCGCUGGCAGUAUUGUGAGUUUUAUGAUUCCCAAGUAUCCCUACUCAGAGAGAGAAGAAGUUGACUCUAGAUCAAAUACAACAGACAAAAGGUUUGGAUUGGUGACCAUCCAAACAGCAGAAGGAAAGUUAUGGGAGAAAAUAUUUUUCAAUCAAGGGGGAAUCAUUAAUGAAUUGAGAAGAUUGGGACUGUAGCUUUUAACAUUGGAAAUGAACCGUCCAUUUAACUCAGAGCGUAACAUUUGUAUGUGAUUGUGAGUAUUGUGUAUAUAUGAUUAAUUACUUUGUACCUAUAAAAACUUAUGUUUAGAAACUAAACUUUACAACUCAGGUAUGAAAUAUGUUAGUAUUUUCUUUUUGUUUGUAUUGUGUAAAUUAUUAAACAUGUGUUCAUUAGUUUUAAUUUACUGAACAUACAAAAUGAACAAGUUACGAAUCAAAAAAUGAAUACCUACUGUAGGGAAUCCAUCUAAAAUCAAACGAACAAUUUUUUUUUUUAAAUAACCAACUUAUCCUAACUUAACUAAGAUAAUGUGUUAAUAUUUUAAAUAAAUUAGUUUAAUUACAUACAUAAAAUGUCACAAAGGUUUCUUGUAUGAAAACACUUAAAUAGAAACUUUCAAAGUAUUAAUUUUCUUUUGUUGAUUUUUUCAGCAAAAACCAAUUGAAACUUUCAGAAAAUGUUUAAAUGAUUUAAAUUGCUAUAUCACCUGAUGCCUUGGUAGAUUUAGCCUAGUUGCGACGAAUCGCUAAUGUUUAUUUAAAUCCUUUUAUAUCCAGGGAGAGUCUGACGAAGUAAAUUGAAAGAAAGAAUAUUGAUGUAGACAAUUUGUAGGCCUACU